AUGGCACCUCACGAAGAUGGAGAGAAUAACUUCUCUGAUGAUGAUUUCCUCAACGAUAUACCAGCAGAUGCCUUAGAAGAACUUGAGAACAAUGCCAUAGCCUUCACUCAGGCUCAGAUCAAAGCCCCUCCUUCUUCUGAUUAUGGGGACGAGCUCGACGAUGAUGAUUUAGAUGAUGCCGUCGUUAUCGAUGAAGCCAGGAGUGCGCCUGCAGUUGUACCUUUUGUGCAUAGGAAUAAUCUCAAUCCAGUCGCCCGACAAGAACAAAUUCGAAAGCAACGUUACGGUGACACAAACAUUGUAAACAGACAUAGGAAUAAUAUCGGCCCUCCUCUUCCUCAUCAGUCAAAUCGUUUACCACAGCCAUUGUCAGUUCCAAUUCAACGAGAGGCUUCGAACCCCUCUCGGCAAAGGAGUCAAUCGAUUGCGGAUGGUGACAAUGACGCCCUCAAAAAAUUGGUCCAGGAGUUGCAACAAAAAAACAAAGCCCUCGAACAAGAAGCUUUAUCAAAAAAUGGCGAAAUCUCUAUUUUACGUGGGAAGAUGGGCAAAUCAGAAACGGAAUACGAACGCACACAAGUAGCGAAAGAAAAGUUACAUGCGGAGCAAUUAGCAAAGCUGCAGAAAGAUAGAGAGGCUGCAGAGAUUGCUGCUAGGAACGCUGCAAUCGAACGAGAUUUCAUAAAACAAGACCUAUUCGAAGAGACCGAAAGAGUCAAAAAGUUAAACAAAGCUAAAAAUACUAAAGAUGUACAAGUUAUGACCCCAAAGAAGACGAAACCAAUGCCAUUUAGGGACGGAUUUGAUGAUGACGAAAUUGAGGUACUUUCUCCUAGCAAGAUAUCCCCAUCGAAGUUUCAGAAACGUCAACCUGGUACGCCUUCAAGAGCAGCAAAACGUAAACGGAAAGUAAACGAUAGCCCUUCAGCUAGUGCUUUGGAUAUGAUCCCUAUUCCAGAUGAACCUUUACAGCUACAGAAGAUUCCCUUGUUGGAUGAAUCAAUAUUAGAAAGGCUUGUUUUACAAGAUGAUCGAUCAGACUUUCUUGCAGCAAUGCUCGAUCAUCGACCUAACCGUGAUCACUUGAAGACUCUAGAAGCACUUAGCAAGCAUGCUCUAACAUCAUCCCCAAAUGAAUCGCUUUCAUCAUUGAUUCUUGGAGAGAUGCCGAGGAUUGGUGCAAAAAAGCCUAUAUCAGAAGUACCAUCGGAGUUUUGCUUGUUUCUAAUACAUUUAUGGUCCAAGUGUAUAGACGAGAAAUGUUUUUCCCCUAUUUACUUAUUUGUGGACAUUCUCACAUACGCGCUGGAGCUAAAAACACUCUCCAUUGUACCGCAUAUCAUCGACCAACUUAUUCCCCUGGUACAAAAAACGGCUGAUCUCGUCGCGAUCCCUCGUUUCAUUAGCGAGCCAACUGAUCCUUUUGACAAAGACAUCAACGUAUCGACUUGUCUAGCUCUCACUCAUCUUACAGCAUUGGGUUGCGUCCCAGAACUAGAACAUAUCACCAGAUUUUGGAAAUUAGUGCGAUGGGACUUUGUUCUCCUUAUGCUUAGUCAAAAGCAGGCAGUCGCAGAUUUUGAAUGGAUGUUGCGAAUUCUGUCUACUGGUAUUUUGAAAGACAGUUUUGGUAGUAUUCAAGAAGCUAGUCCACAAUUCAGAGCAUCUACAAAUGCCGCUCAUAUUAUAGAACGUCUGACAUACCCAUUAUUCGAGGUUCUUUGCCUGCCAACGAAUGUGGCUGAGGCUGAUGCCGAUGUCGUCCUGAAGCUACGUCUUCAAAUCGUAUCAUUGAUGACUGGUAUGACCCGAUCGCCAUAUGCUGGAAAUGCACUCGCUUCCCAUCCAACUGCCAUCGGAAGACUGGUCAGUCUGAUCAGCGAUGAACUAGAUAUCUUAUAUGAUCAUAAGGCAGGUCGUGACGAUAGUGCUCGCCUCAUAAGUCUCGCAACUCGUCUCCUUUUCCACCUUGUCACCCGGUAUGAAUUCGAUAUGCAAAAGAAACUAUCAGUGAUUCGCGGCGGGUCGCAAAAAUAUCUACUUUGUCUGGCCAGAUUGAACUUUUCAGAGGAUGAUCUAGUUUUCGAGUCGGGUAUUGAUCCAGAUAUACCUGGAUGUGCAUUAGAAAUGCUGGAGAUGGUCGUCACACCCGAGGAAGGAGAGGCUAUACAAGAAGCGUUAUCGAAUGAAUGA